GCUGCAGCAGCACUAAUGGCUGGUCUUGCUCCCAAAACAAAGGUUUUGAGAGAUGGAAGAUGGUGUGAGCAAGAAGCAGCAAUCCUGGUACCAGGUGAUAUAGUAAGCAUCAAGUUGGGAGACAUUGUCCCUGCAGAUGCCCGUCUCCUGGAAGGGGAUGCACUUAAGAUCGACCAAUCUGCUCUUACUGGUGAGUCCUUGCCUGUAACAAAGAACCCAGGCGACGAAGUGUUCUCUGGUUCAACAUGCAAGCAAGGUGAGAUUGAGGCCAUUGUCAUUGCCACCGGUGUCCACACCUUCUUUGGUAAAGCUGCACACCUUGUGGAUAGCACCAAUCAAGUAGGCCAUUUCCAGAAGGUACUAUAUUAUCAGGUGUUGACAGCAAUUGGUAACUUCUGUAUAUGCUCCAUUGCGGUGGGAAUCGUAAUAGAGUUGGUGGUGAUGUUCCCAAUGCAGCACCGCAAGUAUAGGAAUGGAAUUGAUAAUUUGUUGGUGCUUCUAAUUGGAGGCAUUCCAAUUGCAAUGCCAACAGUGUUGUCAGUGACGAUGGCCAUUGGAUCCCACCGGCUCUCACAGCAAGGAGCUAUCACCAAGAGGAUGACAGCUAUCGAAGAGAUGGCUGGAAUGGAUGUCCUUUGUAGUGACAAGACUGGGACUCUCACCCUCAACAAGCUCACAGUAGACAAAACCCUGAUUGAGGUAUUUACACCAGAUGUGGACAAGGAAGGUGUAAUUCUGCUCGGUGCAAGGGCUUCUAGGGUAGAGAAUCAAGAUGCUAUUGACUCUUGUAUUGUGGGAAUGUUAGCUGAUCCCAAAGAGGCUAGAGCAGGGAUCACCGAGGUGCAUUUCCUGCCUUUUAACCCAGUGGAAAAGCGGACGGCCAUUACCUACAUAGACUCUAGUGGCAAUUGGCACCGAGUUAGCAAAGGUGCACCUGAGCAGAUUAUUGAGCUCUGCAACCUUAAGGGAGAUGUGAAACAGAAAGCUCAUGCCAUCAUUGAUAAGUUUGCUGAUCGUGGCCUUCGUUCUCUUGGUGUAGCACAACAGACAGUUCCAGAGAAAACCAAGGAGAGUGCAGGAGGGCCAUGGAUAUUUGUUGGUCUCUUGCCUCUUUUUGACCCUCCAAGACAUGACAGUGCAGAGACCAUUCGCCGAGCACUCAACCUUGGUGUCAAUGUUAAGAUGAUAACUGGUGACCAGCUAGCCAUCGGCAAGGAGACAGGUCGAAGGCUAGGCAUGGGAACCAAUAUGUAUCCCUCUUCCUCCCUCCUCGGCCAGAACAAGGAUGAAAGUGUAGCCAACCUCCCAGUUGAUGAGCUCAUUGAGAAGGCUGAUGGCUUUGCAGGUGUCUUCCCAGAGCACAAGUAUGAGAUUGUAAAGAAACUACAAGAGAGAAAGCACAUCUGCGGGAUGACAGGAGAUGGUGUGAAUGAUGCACCGGCUUUAAAGAAGGCAGACAUUGGAAUUGCAGUGGAUGAUGCAACAGAUGCAGCCCGGAGUGCAUCUGACAUUGUCCUGACGGAGCCAGGACUGAGUGUGAUUGUGAGUGCUGUCUUGACAAGCAGAGCCAUUUUCCAAAGGAUGAAGAAUUACACCAUCUAUGCUGUUUCCAUCACAAUCCGUAUUGUUCUUGGUUUCAUGCUCCUUGCACUCAUCUGGAAAUUUGAUUUCUCGCCUUUCAUGGUCCUGAUCAUUGCCAUUCUCAAUGAUGGAACCAUCAUGACCAUUUCUAAAGACAAGGUGAAGCCAUCUCCCAUGCCCGACUCGUGGAAGCUGAAAGAGAUUUUCGCCACUGGCAUUGUUCUUGGCACCUAUCUAGCUGUCAUGACUGUUAUUUUCUUCUGGGCUGCUCAAGAGUCUGACUUCUUUUCUGAUGCAUUUGGUGUAAGAUCAAUCAGGGACAACCACGGCGAGCUUACAGCAGCUGUCUACCUGCAAGUGAGUAUUGUGAGUCAGGCACUUAUCUUUGUUACUCGGUCCAGGAGCUGGUCCUUCAUUGAACGUCCCGGCCUUCUGCUUGUGACUGCCUUCAUUCUAGCACAGCUGCUGGCUACAAUAAUAGCUGUGUAUGCAAACUGGAACUUUGCGAGGAUGCAUGGCAUUGGCUGGGGUUGGGCCGGAGUUAUUUGGCUCUACAGUAUCGUCUUCUACUUCCCACUAGACAUUUUUAAGUUUAUCAUCCGAUAUGCCUUGAGUGGCAAGGCCUGGGAGAAUAUGCUCCAGAAUAAGACUGCAUUCACAACCAAAAAGGAUUAUGGAAAGGGGGAGAGAGAGGCACAAUGGGCUGUGGCUCAACGUUCGCUGCACGGUCUUGUUCCUGCAGAUGCAUCAAAUCUCUUUACUGAAAAGAACAACUACCGGGAAUUGUCUGAAAUUGCUGAACAAGCUAAGAGACGCGCUGAAGUUGCAAGGCUUAGGGAGCUUCAUACACUCAAGGGACAUGUUGAAUCAGUGGUGAAGCUCAAGGGUCUUGACAUUGAGACCAUUCAACAGCACUACACGGUUUAAAGGAGCUAGAGGAUGACAAAGUUUGGUUGGUAUUAAAGGAAGUUGCAACAAAAGAGCGAAAAGGAAAUAAGAAAUAGGAAGCUAUUUUUUGUCUUCAUUUUUCUGUUUUCAUUUUUGAUUCGUGGAGGAUGACGAUGGAAGGACUGCGAAUAAUCCAACGGGCGAGAUUGGCGAUAAACGAUCCGUUGUUGGAAAUGGAGGUCAUAGAACUAGGAGUGUCUAGUAACUUUUCUUUGUAUGAAAUACUACUUUAUUACAAAAUUUUCCAAUGGUGUAACCAAUAUUUGUUUAGCCUGUUAAUCUGAUUGUUGCUUUUGAGUAGCUACA